AUGGAGAAAGUUGAUGCACACUCCCCGCCCGAGACCUGUCAACUUAUGACCCAGUCCGGUGUUGCGAAGGCAAAGCUUCCUUGGGCAGAUCUGAUAAUCAAGUCAUUCUUUGGAGGUAUCUUCAUAUCUCUUGGGUCGCUAUUCAACCUCGUCGUAGCAGGUGGUGCUUCUGGUCUGCGCUCCUCGGAUCCAUCUUUAGCUACGUUGAUAGCCGCAUUCACCUUCCCCAUCGGCUUUGUCUUGACUAUCAUGACCAAUGUGGAGUUGGUCACGAGUAACAUGGCGGUAAUGACGUACACAACCCUGCAGAAAAGGACGAGGUGCUUGUUCUUUGCUGGCGUUCUGGCGUGGUGGAGCGAUACUUUGGAAUCCGAUGCCCAGUCGACGUAUGCUGUAACACAAGCCGAAGGCAGGGUUAAUGUCAACUGGGGCUUCAACUUUACCAGAGGUAUCGGAUGCAACUGGCUUGUAGGAUUGGCGGUUUACAUGGCUACGAGCGGGAAAGACAAUUUGUCCAAGAUUGUUGGAAUCUGGCUACCAAUUUGGACCUUUGUUUGCCUCGGAUACCAACACUCCAUUGCAAAUUUCUUUCUCGUCCCUAUUGGAAUGUUUUAUGGUACUGAGGUUGGCGUGGGAAAAUUCAUCUACCAGUCCGUGAUUCCUGUAACGCUUGCAGGCAUGUCUGUCAUUGUCGGCGACAGGGACCAGAUUGCCGUCGACAGCUUGAACAAAACAUACGGUCAUGCGAUGAGAGCAUUCAAGAUGGAUGUAGCGCAGCAAGAAGACUGGGCAACUUUGAGACGGACUAUCGACAACGAAUAUUCAGGUCUUGUAGCACUACUUGCCUUGAAUGCUGGGAUCAAGCCUGAGUGCUCCUUUGAUGACGUUUCCUCCUUUCAGACAACGUUCAACACAAAUGUCUUUGGCGUCGUUGCAGGGAUUAGCUCACUGCUACCAUGUGUCAAAGCAAAUGUUGCCAAAGGCAACCCCUCUUCUGUCGUAAUCACCGGCUCAAAGCAGGGCAUAACGAAUCCACCUGGAUAUCCAGCCUACAAUGCCUCCAAGGCAGCAACUAAGGUCAUUGCAGAGCAGUUGCAUUAUGACUUGAGCAACAUCCAGUGCCUUUCGGUACACCUUCUCAUUCCAGGGUGGACGCAUACCGGCAUGAAUGGCAGAGCUUCCCAGGAUGAGACGCAGAAGCCAGACGGGGCCUGGUGGCCAGAGCAGGUCGUUGAUUAUUUGGAACAAAAGAUGCUUGAACAUCAAUUUUGGGUGAUUUGCCCCGAUAAUGAGGUGUCUGAGCCUAUGGAUCAGAAACGAAUGACGUGGAGUGCUGGAGAUGCCGUGGAGGGACGACCUCCACUCAGCAGAUGGAGGGAAGAAUACAAAGAAGACUUCGAUGCCUUUGCCAGGUUGGAUACAUAG